CGCAAUUUGGGCAGCAAGUGCGAUUGGUUGAUAACCGCAGUGACGUCACUGCGCUGUUCGUCUUAGCGAGCGCUCCAGUUGCUCUGACUGGGACUGGAAGUAGGAGCGAGAUGGAGCGCGGCGCGUUUGGAGCCGUGGCGUGGCGGCGCGCCACCGAGGAGCCGAAGUUUGGAUAACUUACAUUUGGAAAUCAAGUUUCCUCACAGAGCCCAGACACACCAUGGGGGAUGGGUUACCGUCCACGAACUAUACCAACGACACCAAACGGGGGCAAGUGGAUCUUAACGGUCCGGACAGCGGUUUCUCGGAGCAGUGGGUCAUAGCUAUGGGGAUAGUCAUGUCUCUGAUUGUGAUCAUCACUGUAGUGGGGAAUAUACUGGUCAUUGUGGCUAUAGCGCGGAAUCAGAGGUUGCAGACGCUGACCAAUGUGUUUAUUGUGUCUCUAGCGUGCGCGGAUCUGAUCAUGGGCUUGUUGGUGGUGCCGUUUGGCGCAACUCUGGAGCUCCGGGGCGCGUGGCUUUACGGCUCGUACUUCUGCGAGAUAUGGAUCUCGGUGGACGUCCUCUGCGUCACGGCCAGCAUCGAGACCCUCUGCGUGAUCGCCAUAGACAGGUACAUUGCCAUCACGUGGCCAUUUCGUUACCAAAGCCUUUUGACCAAGUCGAGAGCCAAAGGGGUGGUGUGCGCCGUGUGGGCCGUGUCGGCUCUCGUCUCGUUUCCGCCGAUCCUGCUACACUGGUCGCGCGACAAGGACGAGACGGAGUGCUAUGACGACCCGGAGUGCUGCGACUUCAUCACUAACCGGGCUUACGCUGUCGCCUCUUCAGUUAUAUCCUUCUACAUUCCUCUGGUGGUUAUGGUGUUCGUUUACGCCCGCGUGUACCGGGAAGCCAAGAAGCAGCUCCAGAAAAUAGACAAGUGCGAAGGGAGAUUUUAUAACAACCACGGCGUCUCGGCGUGCAAGCUGAACCGAAAGCGACCGUCCGGGAUUGUGGCCAUGAAGGAGCAGAAAGCGCUUAAGACGCUCGGCAUCAUCAUGGGAACUUUCACUCUGUGCUGGUUGCCCUUCUUCCUGGUCAACGUUGUGCGCGGGUUCUGCGCCGAGGCUGUGGACAAGGAGCUCUUCGUCUUUUUCAACUGGCUCGGUUACGCCAACUCGGCGUUCAACCCACUCAUCUACUGCCGCAGCCCGGACUUCAGGAAGGCUUUCCGCAGGCUGCUCAUGCCGUGCUGGCCGAGGCGCGCUGAUCUCGGACUGACCGCGAGCUCGUGCGAGCUGUCGCGCUGCGCAGUGGAGAGUCGCGCGCUCGCACCAUGGACCGACUGCAACGGCACGCGGGACAGCAACUGCAGCCUGGACCGCAGCAGCAGAGACCACACCGAGUCUCAGCUCUGACCUUGUAAUCCGGAUUUAUUUCCCGUACAGUUUCAAUUCUGAAUGUAAAAAAGGGAACAAAAAGUUAUUUGCGGUCAUUAUUAGCCUAUAAAUGAAAUCAAGAAACACACACACACACACCCACACCAAAAUUAAUAGGUCUCUUAGAACGACCAUACUUACAGUGAGGAGAAUCUAAAGAAUACAAAAACACUCAUUGUGUUUUCUACACAGUAUGAACACUUCUAUAAUGCUAAAAUGUUAUUAGGUAUUUACACAUGUCCAUAACCUAUAAUGCAGUUCUGUAACCUAUAAUGAAAUUCCCAAACGCACACAGCGAUUAACAACUUUAGUCUGUAUUUAAGUGCAACUGGGCACCAAUAAACACCAUAAGAGUUCGUUCCUAAUUUAUGGGUCAUUAUUAGACAAUAAACAGAAACAUACCAAGUGUGCUAUACAGUUUGGCUACUUACAACAACCAUACUUAAAAUGCUAUAAAUAAACCAAAAUAAAAUGCUAUAAAUUCCCCAAAUCCUCACAUCUAUAGUACAUAUACGAGUCUGACUGCGCACAAACAAACACCACCAGUUCAUCCACUGGUAUGUGCCAUUAUUAGACUAUAAACAGGAAAUGAAGAGCCAAUAGAUGUUUUUUAACGUUUACCCUACAUACAUGACUGUGAGAAGAGAAAUUUGGAUUUGUUGUGAACACUGACACUGCAUGAACUUUUUUUGGUUUGUAUUUUUAGAGCCACUUUUCACCAGUCCAUCAUUUGUCAUAUUGUACAUAGGAAUGUGCAACAAUUGACUUUACAGCAUAAUACAGGAACGUGCAAAUUGUACGAAAUGAAAUUGUUUAUAUUAAACAGCCAUAUCAAACUGUACAGUAUUUAUUCAGUACCAUGUACAGCUGAUGGAGAGUUUUCAGCACGUGAGCAUAUGAAAGGAGCUGUGAUUCAGUGCUUCGUGUUUGCACCUUAUAUACCAUCUAACGUGAGCUGCUUCUUUUCUCAUUGAAUAUAAUAAUGUAAUAUUUCAAUAUGCCGGUCUGCCUAAUACUGAAAUGGAGGCUCAGUGAUUUAUUUAUUGAGUCACUAAUAGGUCUGGUCCUGUUUUAUUCAGUAGAUUUUCCUGCCUAGGUCCAUAUAUCUAGAUUUGUCAUUAAUGUACAAGCGCCUCAUUUAAUGUAUAAGGUGGUCACAUUUAUGAGUGUGCAAUAAAUUGUCCAGAUGUAAAUGAAUACUCUAUCAUUAUUUGUUGUUGCUAAAUACAGGCAGUCUCACCAAAUCAUUUGCAUUACCUUUGUGGAUUUUUUUAUUACUGACUUCUCUGACUGAAAAUCAAGUCAGAUAAUAUUUAAUCAUCUACAUUUGAUUAAAAAUUAAUGUAGACUUCCAAUA